UUCAAUUCAAUCGCAACUCUUGUGUUUUUGCUGUGGGCCUCUCACAUGACUCGGAACGGAACCAUCCCGUCAGUAGGUUGUGCUAACUCCAGAGAAACGGUUCUGUCUGUGUCCUGUGUCUCAGAGUCUGUGAGGUGUGUGCUCUGUGCUGGGAAGAAAACGUGCAAGGUUAGCGUACCGGCGUAGUUUUUCUUUCUUUUUAAUUGCUCUGCCGUGAAGUUGUGAUGUUCCGAUUGGAACGGUGAAAAGGAAAAUCUGUGUAAAUUGUUUGCGCGCCCGGCAGAUGUUUUGUGUGUGCGGCGGGGUGAAAGGGAGAUGGUAUACGGAAGAUCGACGAGAGAUUAGCCAUUUAUUGCCUUUAUGUAGGUAUUUAAAGAAUUGGGUUUCGUGACUCACCAGCAGCCGUAAUGCACAUUUUUUGAGCAUAGAAUCUAGAUAGUGAGGAGAAGGUGAAUCGGUGUGCAGAAAAGAUAUGAAGAUUAAUCUGCAGCGUGCGUGAAGAAAGAAAGGAUUAAUGUUGAAGACUGUGAUAUCAUAGUGCCAUGCGUGAACGUAUGAAUAGAGCUUAAAUCAUAUUUUUAUAGUGUUUUAAUUGGCCAGUGAACUUAGUUAUUUUAAUCUUGUGCAGUUGAAAUCAGGUGUCCCGCAUAAGUAACUAACCGGAACGAUUAUAUACAUGUAAUCAAAAGACCUGCAUCAAAAGAGGAGAAAUAGUCGGUCACUAGCGUAUUUGAGUGCUGUUUGCUAAGAAACUUUACCCUAAUGAGACCGCAUUACGAGAUGGAUACCGCCGGAUAUAUAAAUGAAGAAGAUGAUGAACUGGAGCCGGUUAUGGAAAGCGAAGGUGGACAGCUUAAAACCAAAAACGGCCAGAAGUACAUUAUCAAUAACGUCCCGCGUGGUAAGUACAUCCCAACCUGGUGCUGGUACUUUACCCUAUUCCUGCUCACUGCACUGGUGCUACUCUCGAUCGUAUUGUUGGUUCUAUUGAUUAAUCAGCAACGAUUAUGCACCUCGGAGAAUGGGCCCACAAAUGGGAACUCUUCAACCAUCCUAGCAGGAUACGGCUCUCUGAGUAGUAACGGUGACUCGAAAAGAUGUUCACAUGAUCCUCGACUGAAAACCCAGUACGAGAGUGUUUCCCCAGCGGCCAACGAUGACUACAUUGAUGACGAUAGUGGUGGAGGCGGUGGCACUGGGACGGAUGCCGGCGAACAGGAUGUGGUAAUGCGCUAUUACGGCUGGAGUCCUCUUCACUACAAGUUGACAAUCGAACCCAACUUUGACCGGUCGAUCAACAAUGGCACGGUGACUAUCAACAUUAUUCGAGACUCCAAAGCUUCAAAGCUUCAACCAAUCGUUCUGGAUAUAAACCAGAUCGAAAUUAUUUCUUCCCAAGUGCUAAAUCCCGACAAAGACAACAUCGCGUAUGACGCUUUCUACGGCCACAACCGGAUGUCCUAUCACAUACGAAUUAAAGAACACCACGACAACGUGCAGAAUGUGACCGUCAUUCUGGACUUCGAGAGUAGGCUAAGUGACACACUGCAGGGCUUCUACAAGGGUUCAUUCAAAGAUGAGGAAACCGGCGACCGAAGCUGGUUUGCUUCCACUCAGUUCUCGCCGAUCGAUGCUCGGCGUGCUUUCCCCUGCUUCGACAGUCCCGAUAUGAAGGCAACGUUCGACAUUUCGUUGGUACAUCCGGAGGAUAAGAAAAUGGUGCUCUCGAAUACGGAGCAUAUUCGGACGACGGUUGUGAGGCCGGGUUAUUUGAGGGAGGACUUUGAAACGACACCUCGUAUGAGUACGUAUUUGGUGGCUCUCAUUGUUUCCGAUCUGCAGCUGGUGCAGCGGUCGGAGAGAUUUACACCGCAGAUUAAUAUUUGGAGUCGACCGGAGGUCGGUAGGAUGACGGGAUACGUGCACAAACUGGUGCUGCGAAUAUUGCCCUAUCUGGAGCGAUAUUUCGAUUUGAAGUUUAACAUGAAGAAAAUAGACAUGGUUGCAGUUCCGGACUUUGGUUUCAGUGCGAUGGAGAACUGGGGUUUGAUCACUUUUCGAGAGUCUGCCUUCCUGGUGCCUGAAGAUAACAACAAAAGUUCUUCCGCUAAGCAUAAGGAGCGAGUGGCGUCCGUCGUCGCUCACGAGUUGGCCCAUCAGUGGUUUGGGAACCUCGUUACUCCACGCUGGUGGAAUGACCUCUGGUUGAAGGAAGGGUUUGCCACGUACAUCAGCUACGAGUCUCUAAACUUUGCCGAGAAAAAAUGGCGCAUUUUCGAGUCCUUCGUGCAGAACGAGCUGCAGAAAGCUUUUGAGAAGGAUUCCGACCGCAACUCGCAUCCGAUUUCGUUCCCAGUGAAUAGGGAAUCGGACAUUCGCCGGAUCUUUGAUCCCAUUUCCUACUCGAAGGGGGCUUCCAUCAUCAGAAUGAUGAACAGUUUCUUGGGUCAGAAUGCUUUCAAGAAUGGUAUAACGGAAUACCUGAAAAAGUAUCAGUAUGACAACGCCGAGCAGGAAGAUCUGUGGGAAAUUUUGACCAAACAUGGUCACAUGGCUAACACUCUUCCACACGACCUAGAUGUUAAGCAGAUUAUGGACACGUGGACUCUUCAGGCUGGUUAUCCGGUGGUGACAGCCGAGAGAAUCGGUGAAAAGUCUAUCAGAAUAUCCCAGCAACGCUACAUGCUUCCAACGAAAAAUCUAACCGAUGGAACACGGUGGUACGUUCCGAUUACAAUAGUCACGGAAUCAGAUUCAAAAGAUAUUGUGCCAACGCUUUGGCUCAGCUUCGAUAACUCCUCAAUCGAGCUGGAAAUCGAUGCGGAACGGGAUGACUACUUCUAUUUGAACGCCGAUCGGACCGGUUACUACCGGGUAAAUUACGACUACAGCUCAUGGAAAAAACUGACGAACAAGUUUCCCCAACUGCCUCCGCUAACGAGAUCCCAACUGGUAGAUGACGCCUUCAACUUGGCCCGUUCGGAAUUCAUUCAGUACGACAUCCCGUUAACGUUGAUAAUAAUCGUAUCCCGAUAUCCUUUCGAUAUCCCAGCCUGGUCUUCCCUAAGCAAAGGAUUAAUCUUCCUGAACGACAUGCUGGUGCGGGAACCAGCCUACGAGAGCUUCCUAGCGGUGAUGAGAUCGGUGCUGCGCAAGUCACUGGAGGAGUUGGGAUUCGAGGACCACCCGGAGGAUGACCAUCUGCAGAUGAUGCAUCGGGAGCGGAUCGUCGGGUUGGCGUGUAAGUUUGGAAUCGACAAGUGUUCUGUCAGUGCGCAGACCCUUUUCCGCCGCUGGAUGACCGACUUCAGGGACAAUAAGAUUCCACCCAAUCUGAAGCAGGUGAUCUACUGUACCUCGAUAAGGGACGGAGGAGUGCCGGAGUGGAGCUUCGCGUAUAAACGCUAUCAGGAAACGGAUUCCGCGUCGGAGAAGGAAUUGAUUCUGAAUGCGCUCGGUUGCACGGUUAAACCGUGGUUGCUGUCCAAAUAUUUGAACAUGACCUUAGAUCCGUCCUCGGGAAUACUAAAACAAGACGGUGCCAGGGCCUUCCAAUCCGUCGCGAAGAACUACGCCGGCAACGAAAUGGCGUUCAAUUUCCUGUAUGAAAACAUCGAAAAAAUUACCAACUACUUCGGUGACGGCUUUUCGACGCUAGCAAAAAUGAUAGACUCCGUGACGUGUCUGAUGAACAAGAAGCACCACAAGGAGCAGUUCGAUCGGUUCGAGCGUAAGGCCCGCAAGCUGGGCCUCCGGACGGUGGAGAAGAGCAUCAACCUAGCGCAGGAGCAAAUUUCUAACAACAUUUACUGGCGAUCCCGGUCGUACUACAAGCUGCACGAGUUUCUAACGCAACUGAUUCAGGACUUGCACAUGAACAUGUACUAAAGUGGGGCCGUUCCCUUCGAUCGAUCCUAAUAGAGAGUAGCCUCGCAAAUUACAUUGUAUAAAAAAAAGAUGUUCCAAUUCUCAACUUUUCCACUCGAAUCGAAGCUAGGCAGGAAAGACAACGAAUAGAGCUUAUCGAUAGAUAGAUAGAAAGGCACGAGAAUGGAUUGUUUGGCUGUGCAAAUCAAAGGUUUAUUUUUUAGAGUCGGCCCCCCACACACACGCAUGUGAAGCUACCGCUUAUGUUGUUCCUUGAAACUGCAACGUUGAAAUAUGUUACUAUCAGUAUUUAUUUAAUUCAUCUAUUAACUUAUGUGAAGAACGAAAACCAUCGUGAACGUCAACGGAAAACAGUCUGCUAGUAUGUAAAAGAAAAAAAAAACAACAAUUUCUCAAAGAAAUAGAUAAGGAAGAUGUUUGCCAUAUUUUUGUUGCAGCUCUAGUUAAAUAAAAUAGGUAUUUAAAAUAACGUGUUAAGAAAAUGCCCGCCAAUUUAGGAAGAGAAAUGUAAAUGUUCUAAGCACCGAAAUUAAACGAUCAUUCAAAAAGCA